AUGACAUGGCAAUUUCAUUACGGCAAAGCCCAUGAGACCGAUGCGGAAGUCCAGUAUCAGAACGAGAUCUUCGGUUUGAAACUGGCGCUGGCCUAUCUUCGUUCUUUCGCCUUCAUGGUAGAGGCAUCCCUUGUCUUCUUCUUACUUUACUCACCGAAGCUUUACCGUCUAUGGGGUCAUUGCGAAUGCACAACGUACGCCCAGAUCCCCUAUGUCGAGGUCCAGCCGGACGCGCUGACGAGAAAUGCAGUUGUCACCAGCUUGUUUGGAUCUUGCAUCUUCCUUCUCAUGAUUCUCGUCAAAUACCUGCAAAGUCGGUGGCAGUUGAAAACGUGGCAAACUUUGCAGUAUGGCCAAGCUGCACAAUCGACGUCCACGACAAGAAAGUCUACCCUCAACAGCCGCCGCAGUCGAGCCUUUUCCGAUUCCAGACCUGGGAGCGCAACCUUUGACAGGUGGCUCGUAGUGAGGCUCAGCAUAGCCUUUGCCACGCUAUGUGUCUUUGAAUGGACCAAUAUCAAUCCUCACUUGUCUGCCAAAGACCGUGUCGUCGAGGCGGCCAACGAGAGCGCUCCCGAUCUAUCCACAACGCGGGCCAUGAAGACCGUCACGGGCUACCUCUCUGGUGUAUCUCCCAGCCUCUUGGCUUUCGUCGUCUUUGGCACAACGAAAACCUUCCAGCGCAAGAUGUACCAGACCUUUGUUCCGAAGUUCCUGCGCCCAAAGAGAAAUCGAAAGGGCAACAGCAGGCUUGCGAGCCACCAUCAAUCUCAGCUGCCCUUCUCCACAACAAAAAACAGCAGCGUCACACACACAUCCAUCUCUGGCCUUACGGCGCCUGGGACCCCGCAGCGACCACGGUCUCUUUCUAUGCAGCUGUCUCACUCCUCGAUCCGAAAGCCCGAGACCAGCCUCGGGCCCAUCUACGAACCCGGAUGUCUUUGGCUUCCCGACGACGACACGCCGAGGAGCAGUCUGCGCCCCAGCCAGGUCGGCGUCGCGGUUGGCACGCCUCGACGCUCUGCACGGGAGACAUUCUUGAUAUCGGAAGCUGACGACGAGUCCGUGGAGGAUAUGACAUCCAUACCGAUGAGCCGUUUCAACAAUACCCACACCAGACACCUAAGCGGGUCGAGUUCGCACACGACUCGGAUCUGGAGCGAGGGCCGGCGGGAGAGUGUGAGCUCGUCCAGACGUGGCAGCAGCAGACAGCGACAUAAUUCAGAGAGCGUACCGAGACGAGGUAGUGCGUACUAGAUUAUCACAAUCAAUGGGCGGUGUUUUGGGUUUCUUCUAGCACGUCUAGCUUUUAUGAAGAGUGAUGUUUAUAUUGUAUGUAAUGCUACACACCAUCACC